AUGGCCAUGGCUUUGGCCUUCCAGCCCAUCAAUUACUGUAGUAAUGUUAUCAAACCCAUCAAGAACAAGCAGAAAUUGGGUGGCCCUGGUGGCGCUUUUGGCAACAUUUUGGAGGUUGUGAAGAAAGAUUUCGACUUUGUGAAGAAGGGAUUCAAUAAGGGCGUGGAAUGGGCCAACAAGAAUCUCCCGAUUCCCAAGGUUACAAAAACUAUCGAUGACGUUGUUUGGCUUCGUUAUCUUGAAAACACAGUAGAUGUUUCUCCGCCUAAGACUGCCCCUUGGCCUCAGCCUUACUAUCCAGAGCUUUCUGGGGUUGAUUUACUUUUGGCUGAUCUUCGAGCCCUGGAAGCAUAUAUCAGUUAUUUUCACUAUGUUUCCUGGAAGUGGAAGAAGCCAUUACCUGAGUCAUAUGAUCCUGAAGAAGUUGCUAAUUAUUUUAGCUUGAGGCCCCAUGUAGUUGCCCUCCGUCUUCUUCAGGUAUUUGCUGCCUUUUCUUCUGCUGCAAUCAAAAUGCGGAUUUCAAGUAUCAGUUCCUCGAAAGACGAUGUGACUAAUCAGGAUAUUUCUCAAUACAAUUUUGGAAUGCUAUUAAAGGAAACAAUGCUGCAUUUGGGCCCUACAUUUAUUAAAAUUGGUCAGUCACUUUCCACAAGGCCAGAUAUCAUUGGUACUGAAAUCUCAAAGGCACUGUCAGAACUGCAUGAACAAAUUCCCUCUUUUCCUAGAGCUGAAGCUUAUAAGAUCAUGGAGGAAGAAUUGGGUUCUCCUGUUGGAAAUUUCUUUAGCUACAUUUCUGAGGAGCCUGUAGCUGCAGCUUCAUUUGGUCAGGUCUAUAGGGGACGGACGCUGGAUGGUCUCGAUGUUGCUGUGAAAGUCCAACGACCUAACUUGCAGCAUGUGGUUUUUCGAGAUAUUUAUAUUCUUCGCCUAGGGCUUGGGAUAAUACGAAAGGUAGCAAGAAGGAAGAGUGAUCCUCGACUUUAUGCUGAUGAACUUGGAAAGGGCCUUGUGGGGGAGUUAGAUUAUACCUUGGAGGCUGCCAAUGCACAAGAAUUUAAGGAAGUGCAUUCACCAUAUCCGUUUAUUUGUGUUCCAAAAGUUUUUCAACACCUUACCCGAAAGAGGAUUCUGACUAUGGAAUGGAUUGUUGGUGAUAGUCCUCGUGAUUUACUUUUCUUGUCCACUGAGUCACUUCAGCUGCUUUCUGGACACAAAGAGAGGCUGCAAUAUGACGCGAAAAGGCGCCUUCUGGAUAUGGUUAAUAAAGGAGUGGAAGCAUCAUUGAUUCAACUCCUUGAGACUGGUUUAUUACAUGCGGACCCUCAUCCUGGCAAUUUGCGGUAUAUCUCUGCAGAGAAAAUCGGGUUUCUUGAUUUUGGCUUGCUUUGUCGAAUGGAAAAGAGACAUCAAUUUGCCAUGCUUUCUUCCAUUGUGCAUAUUGUUUAUGGGGAGUGGGGAUCCCUCGUGCAGGCACUAGUUGAAAUGGAUGUUGUACCGCCUGGAACUAAUACACUACGUGUCACCAUGGAGUUGGAAGAUGCCUUGGGUGAGAUGGAGUUCAAUAAUGGAAUUCCAGACAUCAAGUUCAGUCGGGUUUUGGGUAAAAUAUGGUCUGUGGCUCUGAAGUAUCAUUUUCGCAUGCCGCCAUACUAUACCCUGGUUUUGCGUUCUUUGGCUUCCUUGGAAGGAUUGGCUGUGGCUGCAGAUCCAAAUUUUAAAACGUUUGAGGCUGCAUAUCCCUAUGUUGUUCGUAAACUUCUAACUGAUAAUUCAGCCUCUGCCAGGAAAAUUCUGCACUCGGUUGUCUUUAACAGGAGGAAAGAGUUUCAAUGGCAAAAGAUUUCACUUUUCUUAAGAGUUGGAGCUACUAGAAAACUUCAACUGGUGGGUCCAAACUCCCAAGUCUCUCGUGAGUAUUCUUCUAAUGGAGUGGCAGAGGGAAAUGAAGUUGCAAACUUAAUUUUGAAACUCCUACCUUCUAAAGAUGGCAUCGUGCUCAGAAGAAUCUUGAUGACUGCGAAUGGGACUUCGUUUGUACAAGCUAUGGUGUCUCCCGAGGCAAAGUUUUAUCGUCAGCACAUCUGUGGAGUUAUUGCUGAUGCGUUUUAUUUAUGGUUAUGCAAUGUUUCAAGGAUUAGUGCCACCCGAUUCAGCCCCAACUCACAUUUGGCCAGAGGGACUGGUGACAUUGAGAGACAUUCAGCUUCAAGGUUGCGCGUGAUAAAUGAGUAUCAGUCUUUAGUAAAAGACCGACGGUUGAGGGUGAUUUUUUCCAAGAUGUUUAAUUCCACGAGGAAAAAUCCUUUACUGAUGCUUAGGGUUUACUGGACUUCAUUUGUUGUGCUGGUAACGGCUGCAGCAAUGGCUUUUCAUCGGGUUUUGAUUACACUAUGCGAAGAUGGUCUGGCUCGUAUCUCUGUUGCUCGUGAAAGAAUAGCUCUCGGUGCUUAA